UAAAUUGCCACUGGUCCCAGUCUUGACCCAGCUUACCUAAUUAAAUAAGAACGGUGCAGUCCACUGAACCAAGCCUCAAGUUGUCUUUGUGUUGUCUGAACUUCAAUUGUAAUAAUUUCGAGUCACCAUCGCUGUUCUCCUUCAUGUUAUCAAAUAUGACAUUUGGAUCGUCAAGCAUUCAAUCGCGUCAUUCAUCAGUCCAAGAGCCUCAUCCCUCGCCCACAUCUGCUAUAUUUGCAGGCAUAGACGAUGAGCUCCGUGAUGCCUGGCGUGUUCACUCCCAUGGCCAGGAAGAAGAUCUCAGAUAUGCCCUUGAUCGUGUAAUCAAGAGAGUGGAAGAGCUAUCGUCAUUGCUCAAAAUCGCGUACAAGACUCAAGCGGAACUAGAGACAUCCCUGAGCGUCGCAAAAUCCAAUUUACAACUGAUGAUGUCUAAUAAUGAAAUGCUCGAGGAAGCUCUCAAACGUGAAACCCCCUGCAACGCGAAAGAUGUUGGGUGGCGGCGUUGGAGUGCGCGAGAAGCGCAGAACAUGCAACGUGUAUCAGAAGAACAUCAAAGGAGUAACGAUUAUGGUCCUUUGAAUGAGUCGGGCGCACCAUCCCACCCCGCGAACCCCCCAUCAAUUGCUGUCAAUGGUAUAGAGCCAUCUCCAACUACCCCUUCCCUAGCGACUUCAUCUACAACUUCCCAGAAUAACCAGGAGGGUCGUUUCUUCAGAUUUAGGUUCAAUAGUGGAUCAAAGUCGCGCAUUGUUCAUUCUCUUCAGCAACACUCUUCUCAUUUAACGUCACCUUCUUUGCCAACUCUUAUAUCAAGUACAAGAGAGAAAGAACUUCUGGAGCUUCAAGAGCAGCUUGAACGGGAACGCCUUGCACAUGCAAACGCGAAUGCACAGAAGGCCGCUAUCGAAGCUGAGCUAGAAUCCUUAUCACAAGCACUCUUUGAGGAGGCAAACAAGAUGGUCGCAACUGAGCGCAUUAAACGUGCUCAGACAGAGGAAGAACUACAAGAAGUGCGGUUAGAAAAGGACGCACUCAAGGAAGCAUUGAGGCUGAUUGAAGGCGAAAAUGGUCGACUUCGGGGUGUGCAGCUCUCUGCAGCAGGGGUAUCCAAUGAAACUCCACAGCCGCCAUCUUCACAUUCUCGAAGUUCUUCGCGAGACGCAAUAAAGUCUCCGCCGACAUCCCCUUCGCCCUCAUCCCCGGCUGUUGACGAUAUUAGUGUACCCUUGACACUUCUGCCAAGUACCGCUUCAUUUACGUCAGACAAUCCGGGGCAUCUUACAGAUUUCAUCCUUGAGCAAGCACCGAAAUCUCCAUUCGCACCGUCUCAUCAGAAAACGCAAUCCGUGGAGCAAGUGACCUCCGACUAUCCAGACAAUUCUCCUCCCCUGGGUUUAGGCUUCGCUAGCCCGACGUCAGCACCCUUUAUACCCGAUGAACCAUCCCCUUGGGACUGAUCUUAGUACACAUUCGGAAGGCUUGUUGAUAAUAUUCACUAUUGAUUAUUACAGCCAUAGGAAUCUCCAUUAAGUAUUCUUCCCAUCACAUGAACAGAAGGAUAUCGAAUUGUUGACGUGGCAUACUGGAUGAACUUAUCUGAAGAAAUUGCACAUACCAAGAUUUUGCGUGUCGCAUU